AGCUACUAUUUCCUGCGCAGUCUCAUGCGCAGCUUUACACAAUAAACCAAAUCAUGGCCGCACUUGCUGUGGAUCCUCCAAGAGGAGGCUUUUCCUUUGAAAAUUGCAAAAGAAAUGCUUUGCUUGCACAGAAAGGUAUGAAGGCUCCAACUGCAUACAAAACUGGAACAACUAUCUGUGGAAUAAUAUUUAAGGAUGGUGUAAUUUUAGGAGCUGACACAAGAGCUACAGAAGACACCAUUGUUGCAGAUAAAAAUUGUUCCAAAAUACAUUUCAUAGCCCCAAAUAUAUACUGUUGUGGGGCAGGGACAGCAGCAGACACAGAGAUGACCACUCAGAUGAUCUCGUCUAACCUUGAACUCCACAGACUGAACACCGGGAGAGUGCCCCGCGUGUGUACAGCCAACAGGAUGCUGAAGCAGAUGUUGUGGAGGUAUCAAGGUUAUAUCAGUGCAGCAUUAGUUCUGGGUGGGGUGGAUCCCACAGGGCCCCACCUCUACAGUGUCUACCCUCAUGGUUCCACGGAUAAGCUGCCAUAUGUAACCAUGGGAUCUGGGUCCUUGGCUGCUAUGUCAGUAUUUGAAUCAAGAUACAAGCCUGAUAUGGAGAAAGAAGAAGGAAUGAAAUUAGUGCGGGAUGCUAUAGCUGCAGGUAUUUUUAAUGAUUUGGGCUCUGGCAGUAAUGUGGAUUUGUGUAUUAUCACCAAAGACAAGGUGGAUUAUAUCAGGCCUUAUGAUGAAGCUAAUCUUAAGGGAAAGAGACAAGGGUCAUACAAGUACAAGCCAGGCACUACAGCAGUCUUGACCAGUGAAGUGAAGCCUCUUGAGUUGGAAAUACUGGACACUCAGAUUGUCUCUGAGCCUAUGGAGGUCUCUUAAGGGAAAGAGCUUUACUUCCAUAACAUUCAUGUAUCAAAUACCUUGCAUGUGUGCAACACCUACAGAAGAGUAACCAUGUGACAAGUUUUAUAACUUCAGAAGUUUGGAGAUCUAUGUAUUUGAAUGAUGUGUCGGUGAAAAAAAUGAACACGCAGAUGAUUAAGUACUGCUUUACAGUGCAGUGUGAAGUCUUUCAAUGAAAAAUGCUUGACAGUAAAUGUUAGGACUGGGGCACAUUUCCUUAAUUAAAUGCAGUACGAAGCCUUGUGAAAUUUGAAUUUUUAAAAGAAUUUCAGAGAAAGCAUCUAUAUUAUUCUAGAUGAGAAUUGAGCAGAAGUCAACACCCGUAGCUUAUUAUUACAUUUUUUUGUACUAAAUGAACAAUAAAUAUUGUAUUAAAAUGUAU